CUCUGUGUGACAUCAUUGUAUCAGUAGCUUUACAACCUGGAAGAGUGAUGCUGUGUGUAUCUAUGGGCCUGAGUUGAGGGAUGUUGCAUUGCAGAUAACUCUUAAAUGUGAGCUUUGUUUCCACGGAUUCUGCAGCUCGCUGAGCCUGGAUUAUAACUGUGUCUUCCUCACCUCCGCCAGAAUGGUGGCUUUGUAUUGUUAAUACACUAAAGAAAGAGACACUAUCAACAAAGCUUAGCAACAAAGGAGUGCUUGCAGUGCUCACAGCCUAGAUAGUUCAUUCAGAGAACAUUGGGGUGAUCUCACAAGGGUCUUCCAGAUGCAGUUUAAUGCUGCUGCUGCAAUGCAAGCAGUGCAUGAUGAGGCCAACAUGGUUAAUACAGGAGAGAUAAAUGGUUCCAGCAACCUUAUGGAUUUCCUUGAUGAGCCUGUUCCAGAUGUUGGGACAUAUGAGGAUUUCCACACCAUUGACUGGUUAAGGGAGAAGUCACGGGAUACUGACAGACAUAGAAAGAUCACAAGCAAGAGCAAAGAAUCCGUGUGGGAAUUUAUCAAAGGACUUCUAGAUGCCUGGUCAGGAUGGGUUGUCAUGCUUCUUAUUGGACUCCUGGCAGGUACCUUAGCAGGUGUUAUAGACUUGGCUGUGGACUGGAUGACUGACCUGAAAGAGGGAAUAUGUCGUAAAGGGUUCUGGUACAGUCAUGAACAGUGCUGCUGGACUUCCAAUGAAACCACCUUUGAUGACCGGGACAAGUGUCCUCAGUGGCAAACAUGGUCAGAACUGAUGAUUACUCAGGCAGAGGGUGCCAGCGCAUACAUUUUAAAUUACUUCCUUUACAUUAUGUGGGCUCUGACAUUUUCCUUCCUGGCUGUUUCCUUGGUUAGAGUAUUUGCUCCCUAUGCUUGUGGCUCUGGAAUUCCUGAGAUAAAAACCAUCCUCAGUGGUUUCAUAAUCAGAGGUUACCUAGGAAAAUGGACACUGUUAAUAAAAACAGUGACAUUGGUGCUCGUGGUGUCUUCAGGCCUGAGUCUCGGCAAAGAGGGUCCCUCGGUGCACGUCGCAUGUUGCUGCGGCAAUUUAUUCAGCAGCCUGUUCUCCAAGUACAGCAAGAAUGAAGGAAAGAGGAGGGAAGUGCUAUCAGCUGCAGCUGCUGUAGGGGUCUCUGUUGCUUUUGGCGCUCCUAUUGGCGGUGUACUUUUCAGCCUGGAAGAGGUCAGUUACUAUUUUCCUCUCAAAACCCUGUGGCGUUCAUUUUUUGCUGCCCUUGUUGCUGCCUUUACUCUGAGAUCUAUUAACCCGUUUGGAAACAGUCGUCUGGUUCUGUUUUAUGUAGAGUAUCACACUCCUUGGUACAUGGCUGAACUAUUUCCAUUCAUCCUCCUUGGUGUCUUUGGAGGGCUUUGGGGAACCCUCUUCAUCCGAUGCAACAUUGCUUGGUGCCGCAGGCGUAAGACCACCAGCCUUGGCAAGUACCCAGUACUGGAAGUCAUUGCCAUCACAGCCAUCACAGCCAUUAUAGCUUAUCCAAACCCGUACACGCGAAGGAGCACAAGUGAGCUUAUCUCAGAGCUUUUCAACGACUGUGGAGCUCUGGAGUCUUCUCAGCUCUGUGAUUACAUCAAUGAUAGCAACAUGACCAGACCUGUGGACGACAUUCCUGAUCGGCCGGCAGGCCCAGGAGUCUAUACAGCCAUGUGGCAAUUGGCAUUAGCUCUUGUUUUUAAAAUAAUUAUUACUAUAUUUACAUUUGGUAUGAAGAUCCCAUCUGGCUUAUUCAUUCCUAGUAUAGCAGUUGGCGCUAUUGCUGGUCGUAUAGUUGGAGUUGGAGUAGAACAACUGGCUUAUCACCACCAUGACUGGAUCAUCUUCAGCAGCUGGUGUAGACCUGGGGCAGAUUGUGUUACCCCAGGGCUGUACGCCAUGGUGGGAGCUGCAGCUUGCCUAGGUGGUGUUACUAGGAUGACUGUUUCCUUGGUUGUUAUCAUGUUUGAGUUGACGGGUGGACUAGAGUACAUUGUACCACUGAUGGCAGCUGCAGUAACAAGUAAAUGGGUAGCUGAUGCAUUUGGAAAAGAAGGAAUAUAUGAAGCACACAUCCAUUUAAAUGGCUACCCAUUUCUUGAUGUAAAGGAUGAGUUCACCCACAGAACACUGGCAACGGACGUCAUGAGGCCACGGCGUGGCGAGCCACCUCUCUCUGUUCUUACACAGGACAACAUGACAGUAGAAGAUGUGGAGACUCUAAUCAAAGACACAGAUUAUAAUGGUUUCCCUGUUGUGGUAUCCAGAGACUCAGAACGUCUAAUUGGCUUUGCCCAAAGGAGAGAACUUAUCAUUGCCAUAAAAAAUGCCAGACAGAGACAAGAUGGGGUGGUGAGCAACUCAAUAGUAUAUUUCACAGAAGAUCCCCCAGAACUUCCAGCUAACAGCCCUCAUCCUCUGAAACUGAGACGCAUACUUAACCUGAGCCCCUUCACAGUCACUGACCACACACCAAUGGAGACAGUGGUGGACAUCUUUAGAAAACUCGGACUCAGGCAAUGUCUUGUCACUCGGAGUGGGAGGCUUCUGGGUAUUAUAACGAAAAAGGAUGUUUUAAGGCACAUGGCUCAGAUGGCUAAUCAAGACCCGGAAUCAAUCAUGUUCAACUAGACUGUAGAAUGUGUAUGUAGGACACACCGUGCACAAUCCCCUGUUAAAAUCGGAGCAUUUCUCCAUUUUUUUUUACAAGUCUGAAGAGCAAGAGCUGAAACCUUACUGAGGCUCACAUGGAAGAAAUGUUUGUUUCACUUGCCGAAUUGUCAUUGGGUCACAAGGAAAUGUAUAUAGACUGACAGUACCAUUGGAUCCUUGCAUAAAAGAGUGCUGAGAAGUCUUCAUUAGAACUCACUGAUAGCUGCACGUCACCCAGAGAGUUCAUACUAACUUUUAGUGAAUACUUGCAUGUAUGUGAGUGGGUGUGACAUGCUCACUUACUAAUGUUCUGACCAUCUCACUCUCACAAAAGUAUUUUUUUUAUUAUGGAAAACAUUAGAACAAACAUAACUCUUUAUGUUAGUUUUGCAUUUGAAGGUUUUGCAGACUACAAGACAUUAAUUAACGGAUAAUUUGCCAUGUAAAUUUUCUCCAAAUCCUUCCCAUGUCCCAAAUAGUAAUACUAUACAAGCUUUUUUCCUGUAACCCACAUAUUGUGGAUGGCUUAAGUGGCUCAGUUCUCACCCCAAGUGGUCUUUUGUUGAGGUAGCACCAUCUGAAGAAGUUGGGAAACAGCAUCGUAUCAGGGCGGCAGUGCUCCCUGUUUCAGCCUCGCCGCUAUACCUGUGAUGUCAUAAUGCCACGCCCAGGGAGUGAGACACCAUAUGUGGGAAGUGCAGUUCUGCCCAAAGUGUCCUAAGGAUGCCCCAGACAGCUCCACAGGCUGCAAGGUGCCAACCUGGAGCAUUCAUUGGACACUCCAGACUGGCAGCAGGGUGCCGUUCCCAACACUGUACAAGCCACAUGCAGGUGCCGUGGGACAGCUAAAAAACAUUCUAGAAUAUUUGACAGUUUAAAUUAUUAAUACAACAUAAGGUGUACAAUGGAAAUGGAUUUCCCAUUCAACAUGCAGUCAGAUACAAAUCUGAUCAGUCUAGAGCUGAUUAGGUUGAUGAAAGAUAUUGUCUGAUUUGUGCUGCUUGCAUAAGAUUUUAAAAUAAGUUUCCAUAUGUUUUAACAUUGCAUUUGUAGCUGGAAACUACUGUAAUCAAACAAAUUUCGUUUUAGAAAUAUAUAUUUAUUAAUGAGGUUAAUGAAAAGUUCAAUAAUAGAUAAUAAUAUUAUUAAUAAAUUAUUAACAAAGAAGAAAUGGAAAUAAAAUUACUGAGCCAUACAGCAUAGUUUGCCUCCUUUAAACAACAACAAUAAUAAUAAUGUAUAUUUAUCGUUCUUCUGGAAACUACUUGCAGAUAAUGCAUCAUAUGUUGUAUGAUGUGUAUAAAUGUGUAUAGGUUGGAGAAUAAAUAUAAGAGAUGAUUAAUCUUAAUACAUAAUGUAAAGUAUCUUCACCUUUUCGUUAAAUGUCGUGACUUUAAUUAUCAUUUGUUUUAUUGACUAUAGUUCUUACUGUUAUUUGCCUAAACUACAGUAAUGAAUAUUAAGCUGCUGUAUCUGAUUGAGUGCUUAUAUUACUUUUCGGCGGCCGUGUGCUGGAAAAUACUAUGCUUAGUCAAUACAGAAGUAGAUUGAUAAUGGGGAAACAGAUGAUGUCAUCAUUGUGUGGAGUGAUAGAUCGAGAGAAGGAAAAGCACACAAUAUGUGAGACCCACAUUAAAUUGAAAGAAAUGUUAAAUCAAUUAUUUCUGUAUUAUACAAUGACUUUAAAGUUGGAGGACACAUACAUUCAGAGGCAGAUUUAGACCUCAUGGGGCCCAAAUCAAGACACCAAUUCCCCCACCCCAACCAUCUGCCGCUGACGACACCCCCCUUCCCCCCCCCCCAACUAUCCGCCACCCCCGCAACAAAUCCCCUCCAUCCCUUCCCUACCUGCAGUACUUGGGUUUUUAUUUACAAGGAGCACAGUGGCACCAGCUACACUCAGCAGCCCCCCAGGAGCAGAGCACCACCCUCUUUUAACCUAAAGCUGCACAUAGCAAAUACCCUGCAGAGGUGAGAUGGGACACUAGUCAGUGAAUGCACGGGAAUCAGGUGCAUCAUUAUACACUGCAGCAGCAGCACACAGUGUCAGGGUGGCAAACACACAGGGGUGCAGGUGCUCAGUGCCCCGACACCCCUCCUCUCUGCUAGCCCCUGUACAUGACUGUGGCACACACAGGGUUACCGGAUACUGUGCCCUGUAUUCAUACCUUCUUCUGUGCACCCAAAAGUGAUCACUAACUCCACUUCUGGCUCUCAUACUUGCGACAGCUCCAUCUCCUGCUCACUGAUCAGUCAUCCAGAGCAAAGCGAUGAUGGUGCCCCUCCGCAUUCCUAAUUCCUGUGUGGUCCAACACACACUGGCAUGGUGUUACGGUUGAAGCUAGAUCCAAGUGGGCUGAGGGACCUUUUCCGUCAGGGGGAGGAUUCACAACACAAGGGGGAGGAGCUCGGCCAGCGGGAUAGUUCCUCUACUAUCCACGCCACCAACUAUUACCUUUAGUAAUCAGCCCGAAGCGUGGCGAGCGAAGCGAGCCAGUGAGGGUACUUUUCGGGUACCCUGUUCAGCCGUAGCGCCUUCCCCUGGUGACGUGUCUCCUCCCCUAGGUACGUCAGAAGGUCUCUUCUCCCACUUCGAUAUAGAAUCAACCAUGGUGUUACGGCGGCUUCCCGAUGGUGCGCGACUUCUGGGUUCUCUGAAAACGCAAGAGCCUCCUUCUUCAGUGCAUUUAAUUAAACAGCUCUGUCAGCAGCCUUGGUCCCCAGGGACCCGCCAGGCCCUAAGCAACCACUUAGUUGCAUAGUGGUAAAUCCACUACUGCAUACAUUUUAUACCCCUACAGUCCUGAGAAUUAAGUUUAGUGGUCAAUUUUUGGAUAGCUGAAUUACUUGGGAAUUAAAUGGAAAGAAAAAGUGUAUUUUUUCCCUUUGUUUUAAGUGAUACUAUUGUGGGGGGAAUUCAAUUAGCCGUGGUACUUUACAGCAACUAAUUGACCACGACAGAGGUUAUUCUAUUCUCCCUUAAGCCAGCAGACAUCAGGGAUCUUUUUACACCUACCUGAAGCAGUCAACAAAUAUUCCUCAAUAAUCAGCCCAAGUAGCCCCGGCAGUGAAAACACAUGUGUUUUCGUCAGAAAAUGUAAAAAAAUUUGGGAGGAAAUAAAGGGAUUUAAUUUAAAAGCCCAGAGCGAAACAUUGAGCAAAAACACUUUAAAAGAAAAAAAAAAAAUACUCCCUAUAAGUUUUGCGAAGCCCUUAUCAUUUUCUUCUGAAUAUGUUCAGAAAUGCAACCUUAGAUCAGGGCCGGAUCUAGACGUUGCGGCGCCCCAGGCAAAAAAUAGGGGUGUGGCUUCAUGGAGAAGGGGCGUGGUCAGUUAUGCCCCCUGUAGCUGUGCCCACAGUAGUAUUGCCCCCAGUACUGUGCCCCCAGUAGUAUUACCUCCAGUACUGUGCCCCAGUAGUAUUGCCCCCAGUAGUAUUACCCGCAGUACUGUGCCCCCUGUAGAGUAGAAAAUAACACAAUAAAAAUAAAUUAAUACUUACAAUCCCCGCUCCUGCUUCCCGACUGCUGCUGCCCUCCAUCUCCGGCUGCCGGCGCCACUCCUCGGAUCUAUGGGAGAGACAUCAUGACGUCUCUCCCAUAGCACCGCAUAGACACUAGAGGUCAAUUAUGACCUCUAGCAUCUGUGUGCCGCUCCCACAAUGCAGUGCUGUGCACGAUGACUUCAUCGCGCACCGCACAGCACCGGGCAUCUAAACAGCACCGGGCGGCACCAGUAGCAGAUCUUGCCAUGGCAGUGGCGCCCUCCGGACGGCGACGGCGCCCUGCAGAAGACGGCACCCUGGCCAAAAAUCCUGCUUGCCGUAGCAAGAUCCGCUACUGCCUUAGAUGUCAAUAAUUUGUUUUGGAACACAAACAAGCCCUCUUGCCAUCAGAUUCACAGGUUAAAUCCAAAGUAUCCAGCAGGUAAGUGUCCGCAUAAAGUAGGUUUCAAGACACAUUUUGCCUGUCUAUGUGUUUCAUCUGUCUCUCCAUUUCUCCUUACAGGACUGCUUCAACUCAUGGAUGUUGGUGGGCUAUUUGUAGACUUAUAUACGUUAAUGGUCAUUCCAGAAUUGAUUGAUCCAUCAAUGAUGGUGAACUGUCCAGGCCUGUGGCAGCAAAACAACCCCAAACUAUGGAACUGUUACCACCAGUGGUGCAAAUGAAAAGUUUUGGGCCCCCAUAGCAAAAUUUCAAAGUGGUUGCUGCCCAAAUGCUUCUAGAGAUACCGCUCUUCAUAGCUGAUAAUUUUAUACCUUAUACUAGAAACCCAGUUUGGCACUAAUUAAUGACACAUUGUCAUGUCCAUAGUUGAGAUUGGCAUGCUCUGCUUAUAGUGCUUCUCAGAGAAAGCUGGCAAUGGAGGUGGGGGGGGGGUGGGGAGCACACUAACCAUUCAGCUGGUGGCUCCUCCAUCUGGUGCAGAUGUGAAUUUAGGGAACACUGGACCUUUCGCAAUAACAGCCCCAUGUUUCGUGGUUGAGAUUUGAAUUUUGAUUUCUCCAAACAUGACAUUUCCUAUUUAAGGCAAAAAGUUCUAUUUUAGAGUCAUUCAUCCACAUAACAUUUUUACAGUAGUCUUCUGGCUCAUCCAAGUGGUCUGUAACAAUUUUAAAAUGAGCAGCAAUGUUCUUGUUGGAGAAUAGCGGCUUGAUCCUUGCUUUUCUUGACACACCAUUGUAGUUCACUGUUUGGUUGAUGGCGGACUCAUCAAAACUGACACUAGCCAGUGAAAAGUGAGACUUUCAGAUCCUCUGUUGUUAUCCUGGGGUUCUUUGAGAUCUCCCGGAAUGUUACAAGACUUACUCUCAGUGGUAGAUUUACUAAUUGUCAGAUUGUCAAAGCCACGGAUGAUGGCCAGAUUUGGCCGAUGGUUAUAAAAUGAUAAAGAAGCGGAUGGAUAGAAAAUCUACCCCUUGGAAUGAUUUUUGAUGGACAACCAUUCCUGGUAAGAGUAACGAUGUAAUGCAUUGUCUCCAUUUGUUCACUAUCUGUCUGACAGUGUACAAAUCCUAAAGGUUCACAUAUGUUUUCUGACAAAUUAAAUUUUGGAUCUGUUUGGUUAAUAAUUGAAUGAAAUAAUAAAAUCUUUGGUAUGUUCUCUAUUUUUAGAAUUUAAAAGAAGAUCUGAACUCACUUAAGGUCAUGUUUUUGCAGAAAUUCAGUAGAUGUUAGUGUCCACAAAGUUUCUAGCACCACUGUAAUUCAUUGUAUUUAAGAUAAAUAGAUUUUUUCCCGACUGUGCUUUUAAAGUAAAACCCUGUUUAUG